AUGGGAAAUUUCUACAGCCAAGUAUGGCCGAGCAAGAGGAAGGAGCCCAAGUUAUAUGUGACACCCACUCCGAAAAAGGCCACAGUUCUGAAGGCCGUUGAAGAUAUACAAAAAGUCACACCCGAACAAAUGGAGGAGCAAUUCGAAAACAUUUUCCGCGCCUCCCACAAACAGCUGCGCACAAUGACGCACAAUCCCUGCGGCCAAUUAUCGAUACGCAUCAAGCAAUGUCUCGAUGAAAAUGUCCAGCAAAUGUCCAAGUGUUUUGCUGUGAUGGAUGAAUAUAGGAUUUGUGUGAGCAAUAUGAUGGCCGAGAAGCUGGAGGAUGUAGUGACGGAUUUUGACAAAAAUGAAGGAAGCGCACGAAACGGCGGCAGUUCAGCUUUGCUAAGAGAAUAUGACGAUGGCGAAGAGGCGGAUGCUUUGAUAGAAGAGCUUGAAAAGGAGCUUAAGCGACGGGUUGAGGAAACGGAAUGUGGACAAGAGGAGAGACGGCGAGAAUAUCAACAAGAAUUCGAGAAUGAAGGAUCAAACACGUGCGCUUAA